AUGUCCGUUCUCCACCGGGACCUCCUUCCUCUCUCCCUCCACUACCCAAACAACACCCCAGUCCUCCCCUAUCCCACCCGUAGACUUCACUAUCCCCAUCACCAAACACUCCCAAAAAUCCUUUGCGCCACAAAACGAACGGGAAAGAAAAGGUACCCGUCAGAGAAGAAGAAACUCAAAUUGAAGCACAAAGAAGCUCUGACCGAUGUCAAGAACAAAUUUGAAGGCAUUUGGAGGCUGUCCAAGCUUGCUGUUUCGGUUCAAAACGACCCCGGAAAGGAAUUUCUCGGCGUCUCCGACGGCUUGCUUCAAGAAAUUGCCAAAGCUAUCAAGUUCCCGGUUGCUUCAAUGUUGCCACCAGAAGCAUUUUCGGUUAUAAGGAAAUCAUUUGAUGCGAGAAAGAUGUUAAAGGAGGCAAAAUUUGUUUAUACAGUGGAUAUGGAUGUGAGUGAACUAAUAAAUCUAGAACCUCGUACUAGGGAUUUCAUUUCGGACUUAGAGCCUAGAGUUGGGCUUAUAGAACACGUGCCUCGACAAAGAGUCUUGGGUGAUAUAAUUAGUGUGAUACAAGAUUGUAAAAAGGUCGAGGGAGAAAGGUUGCCAAAAGACGGUGGACUUGAUGGUUAUUCUAGUGAUGCAGGUGCACAUAAGUAUGUGGCAAGCAGAAAACCAAAAAUUGCAGUUGUGGGUAGUGGACCGUCUGGGUUGUUUGCUUCUCUGGUUCUUGCUGAACUUGGUGCAGAUGUUACUUUGAUAGAAAGAGGCCAGCCAGUUGAACGGAGGGGGCGUGAUAUUGGUGCCUUGAUGGUUCGUCGGAUUUUGGAAUUGGAGAGCAAUUUUUGCUUUGGGGAGGGUGGUGCAGGUACUUGGAGUGAUGGAAAGCUAGUAACUAGAAUUGGAAGGAACAAUGACAGUGUUAUGGCGGUUAUGAAAACUCUGGUUCACUUUGGAGCUCCAGAAAACAUCUUGAUUGAUGGAAAGCCUCAUUUGGGAACUGAUAGGUUGGUUCCACUGCUCCGCAACUUUCGGCAUCAUCUACAGGACCUGAAUGUUUCUAUCAAGUUUGGGACACGGGUAGAUGAUCUGAUAAUAAAGGAUGGUCAUGUUGUGGGGGUCAAAGUUUCUGAUUCAAGGGACCAAUUGAAGCUAGAUUGCCAUAAGUUGGGAUUUGAUGCUGUCAUUUUGGCUGUGGGGCAUUCUGCUCGUGAUAUAUAUCGCAUGCUUCUUUCCCAUAAUAUUGAUUUGGUGCAGAAAGAUUUUGCUGUUGGUUUGCGGAUCGAACACCCCCAAGAACUAAUAAACAGUGUACAGUAUUCUGGUCUGGGCACUGAGGUUCAUAGAGGACGUGGGAAAGUACCAGUGGCAGAUUACAAGGUUGUUAGUUAUGUUAGCCAAGAGGAUGGGAAGACACCCUCAAAUUCAGUCUCUACAAGUCGUAGUUGCUAUUCCUUCUGCAUGUGUCCUGGUGGACAGGUCGUCCUAACUAGUACAGGUCCAUCUGAGCUCUGCAUCAACGGGAUGUCAUUUUCUCGUCGUGCUUCUAAGUGGGCAAAUGCUGCACUUGUUGUCACUGUCUCGACACAGGACUUUGAUGCCCUGAAUUUUCAUGGGCCUCUUGCAGGGGUUGACUUCCAGAGGGAGUUUGAGCAAAGAGCUGCUGUAAUGGGAGGAGGAGAUUUUGUGGUGCCUGUGCAAAAAGUUACUGAUUUUCUAGACAAGAAGUUAUCAGUAACAUCUUUGCCACCAUCAAGCUAUCGGUUAGGAGUGAAAGCAGCAAAGCUUCAUGAGUUAUUUCCGAUGACCAUAACAGAUGCUUUGCGGCAUUCAGUCUCAGUGUUUGACAAAGAGUUACCGGGAUUUAUCUCCAAUGAGGCUCUUCUCCAUGGAGUCGAGACAAGAACCAGCUCUCCUGUUCAGAUUCCUCGCAGCAGUGAGACUUAUGAAAGUAUGUCGUUGAAAGGGCUCUACCCAAUUGGUGAAGGAGCAGGUUAUGCUGGUGGGAUUGUAAGUGCUGCAGUUGAUGGCAUGCUUGCAGGAUUUGCUGUGGCAAAAAGAUAUGAUUUGUUUCUGGAUGGCAUAGAGUCAGUUUUGGGGAAGGCUCAAGGUGCUGGAUUUGGGGAAGAGAAAUGGAAUGGGUUGAGCUUCUACUCUGAACUUCAUGGCCGAAUGUUGCUGACUCCUAAGGUUUGCUUGUGCUCCAUUGUUGAAGAGGAUCCUAAUGAUGGUCAUGAAAGAGCAAAUUGA